UGAUAUGAUGGCGGCAAAUGAGUUGAGUUCACACGCCAUUCUUCAGGACUCUUCAAUGGGAAAGACAUGCGAAAACAUAAUAGUACUUCUUGGAGGAUUUGAGACACGCACAGGAGAACAGUGGCUUGUGUUUCGAAAUGAUGGAAUCAAAUCCGGGGCUGAUUAUGCCAUGGCUGCGGGCGUUGCAACUCAGAAGGGCAUUUCUGUAGGUGCUUGGGACUUUUGGGAUCGUUUUGAAAAAGCAGAGGUUCUUCAAAGGAGACAUGCUUUUAUUCGAAAACUACUUGCUGGUGCCUUUACUGGUCUGUCUUUCAUGCAUGCCCGUGGUCAACUACACCAGUCUCUUGGCCCUGCAUCAGUGAUUCUCAACACAAUGGAAGAGCGAAAUAUUUCAAUGGUUUUACCUCGUUUACGGGAUCUCGCCUUUGCUGUGGAUGUGAGUAAUGAAACUCUGUUUCGUGGUGCCGACCCGAAAUUUGGAGCUCUUUCUGAUAAUCUUUGGCGUAGAGCAGCCGCUGCAGGUGCUCGAACAAUAUUUGAACGCAAGGCAUUUGGGAUUGCUGAUGAUAUCUUCUCCGGUGGCCUGCUUCUGGCAUAUAUUGUUUUUGCAUCUCUCAGUGUUCCUGGUAGCGUUGAUGCUCCAUCACUUCAGAGGCUUUUGGAAACCACAUUUCGACUUGAUCUAACUGCUACUAGAGAGUGGGAAGAGGCUGUCAAGUUCCUGGAUCUCGAUAAUAAAGCAGGAUGGGAACUUCUCCAGGUGAGUGAGGUGAUGCUCAAUCCAGAUUAUCGGCAACGGCCCAUAGCAGAUGCUGUUCUGUGUCACCGGUUCAUGACAGGUUGACGAAAGGAAAAGUAAAGCUGCAGACCCGGGUACAAUGUACUAUGCUUUUGAUAUCAGCUUCUUCGUUUGCAACAUGUGAGCGCAUCUGGUUGAAUUGAUCGGUAAAAUCGGAAUUUUCUUUCAGUUCU